AUGAGCGGCGAUAAACCCCAUCUCAACGGCACCGAUCCCACCCAGAAUGGCAUCAACGGUUCGGAUGACGUCGAAAUGAAGGAGGAUCCCAAAAACUCCAAGAAGACGUCAAAGCAGGUGAAGGAGAAGGACGGCGAUGAUGAAAUGACAGUUGUCGUUCCGCCUGCAAAGGGCUCCAAUACCCCGAGCGCCCCUCAGAAAGCUACUGAAGCCGAUCUUACAAAUGGAGCAAUAGAUGAUGAGGGCAAAGAGGAAGCUGAAGAAGAAGUUGAUCCUCAAGAAAAGGCAAUCGAGGAAAUCAAAGCCAAUCUUCCAUUACUGGAACGCGCUGUCAGCCAGUUUGAUCCUCGAUUCAGCUUGAGAGUCCUCCGUUCCAUACCUUCGAUCCGCAAACACCUGUCUGCUUAUGUGAUAGCCUCUGUGGUUACCAACACCUACGCAACACCUACACCGACGGCAAUGUCCCUGCUCAGCGCCGUAAAGGAUGACCCGUCCUUUCCAACCCAACAAGUUGAGGAAUGGCAUGGCAAACGGGAUUCAACGCACCAAAAAAGCUCACACAAAGAGAUACUACCUGAAAUAGAUGUUUACCUAUCGAUCUUGGUACAAGUCCACCUUUACGACAAGAAAUCAAUCAACGCCGGCGCCCAGUUCUCAAGCGCGUUGGUUGAACAUCUUCGGACCUUGAAUCGCCGCACAUUGGAUUCGCUGUCGGCUCGGGUAUAUUUUUACUAUGCGCUUUUCUUCGAAGAGAUGGCGCCCUUGCCUCCUUCACCAGCCGCUGCGGUGCUUUCGAUCCGGAAGCCCCUUCUUGAUGCUCUACGAACGGCAACACUGAGAAAAGACCAGGAUAUACAAGCGGCGGUCACGACUCUGCUUCUGCGGAAUUAUCUUUCCACCUCUCACGUCACCCAGGCCGACCUCUUGAUAUCCCAUACCAAGUUCCCUCCCACCGCUGCCAACAAUCAGAUCGCCAGAUAUUUGUACUAUCUUGGCCGAAUCCGAGCCAUCCAACUUUCAUAUACUGAAGCUCACGACCACCUGACUGGCGCGACGCGCAAGUCGCCAACGUCCUACAAAGCCAGUGGAUUUUACCAAGCCUCGACCAAAAUGCUUAUUGUGGUUGAACUGUUGAUGGGAGACAUUCCGGACCGCGCAAUUUUCCGCCAGCCUAGUCUGGAAAAGGCACUGCAGCCAUAUCUUCAACUUGUGCAAGCCGUCAGCUCUGGAGAUGUGACGGGUUUCCAGACUUUGGUUCAGCGGUACAACGCCACCUUUAGAAAAGAUGAUACGUACACGCUUAUUUUGAGACUGCGACAGAACGUGAUCAGAACCGGCAUUCGUAUGAUGUCUCUGUCAUAUGCCAGAAUCUCGUUGCGCGAUAUGUGUCUACGACUUGGACUGGACAGCGAAGAGUCUGCGGAGUACAUUGUGGCAAAGGCAAUCCGCGAUGGGGUCAUUGAGGCCAGCCUUGACCAUGAGCGUGGGUACAUGAAGAGCAAGGAAGUGGGUGAUGUAUACGCCACCAGAGAGCCUGGUGACGCUUUCCAUGAGCGUAUCCAAGCUUGCUUAACGUUGCACGAUGAGAGCGUCAAGGCUAUGCGUUUCCCCAUGAACCAACACAGACUAGAGCUCAAGAAUGCCCAAGAGGCACGUGAACGCGAGCGUGAGCUUGCAAAGGAAAUUGUGGAAGGAGAAAUGGAUGACGAUGAUGCGCCGGGCGGCGACUUCGAUGGAAUCUGA